UGUUCGAAAGAUAAUGGGUGCAUCAGAUGCCAGCAUAAGUUAUUCUUCUUUCUUCGAAGAGAAGGAAUGAGGCAAUAUGGUGAAUGCUUGCAUUCCUGCCCAUCAGGAUACUAUGGGCUCCGAACACCAGAUAUGAACAGAUGUUCACGAUGCAGAAUAGAAAACUGUGACUCCUGCUUUAGCAGAGACUUUUGUACCAAAUGCAAAGCUGGCUUCUAUUUGCACCGAGGCCGUUGUUUUGGAGGAUGCCCAGCUGGAUUUGCAGCAUUAGAGGAAACAAUGGAAUGUGUGGAGGGCUGUGAAGUGAGUCAGUGGAGUGAAUGGGGAACUUGCAGCAGAAAUAACAAAACAUGUGGAUUUAAAUGGGGUCUGGAAACAAGAACAAGGCAAAUUGUGAAAAAGCCAGCAAAAGACACAAUACCUUGUCCAACCAUUGCAGAGUCCAGAAGAUGUAAAAUGGCCAUGAGGCACUGUCCAGGAGGACGAAGGACAACAAAAGUGAAGGACAAGAGAAAGAAGAAAAAGAAUUUAAUGGAAAGGGCUCAGAAGCAACAUAGCAUCUUUCUAGCUACAGACAGAACAAGCCAGUAA